CAGCACAAUGUGUAUUGAGGUCGACUGUGUAGAUUGGUGGGGACACAAUGCCGCCCAAUCGCGUCAGCUGCAGUUGAUGCCUUUUGGGAAACUUCACGCGCCUCACAACUUCACCCUUACCCCCAACCCUUUGAAAGCCGGAUCGCUGAGCCCAGGCACGUUGAUGUUUGAAAACUACUACAUACCAUAUCUGAUAAGACAAACGGUACUUUGUCAAGAUGCCCAUAUACGGAGACCUAGGUAAUAAGCUGGUCCAACACGCAAAGCGGACACAAAACCUAGCGCACUUGCCGCCGUAUCAGACCGAGCUGGUUCGUGCCGUAACUCGCGAGGUGCGGGAGUUGCACAAAGACGUGACCAGCUUGCUUGAGCCAUUCCAAGGAUCAUUCGACCCAUCAGCAGACCAGGCCACGGCGUGCACCCUGCUGGUCAACCACCUUUCCAUGCGCAGGAACAAGCGCUGCCUACUUGCCUACCAUCGAACACGUACCGACAAGCUAGAGGAGCUGGUUUGGAAUGGAGCCGACCCUCUCGACCUUGCGGGACCGCAAGCAGGCGCUGCGAACGGUGCAGCCGCCGCCGGUGCCGGCCCAAGCAACAGUCUGAGCCCGCAGGAAGAGGACUAUUUCCGGCAGUACGGAGACCUACUGGCUGCGUAUAAGGGGCAGUGGACAGACAUUGACCUGACGGGGAGCCUCGACCCCCCAAGAGACCUGUUCAUCGACGUGCGCGUCUUGAAGGACGCCGGAGAGAUCCAAACUGAAUAUGGUGCUAUCAACUUGACGAAAAACAGUCAAUUCUAUGUCCGACAGGGAGACGUAGAACGCUUGAUUGCCCAGGGCUACCUCCAAAAGCUUGGAUGAACGUCCGUCUCAGUGGAAUACCGGAUUUCUACGGCAACCCCACGCAUCGAACAUUCGACAAAAGUAUGAAUCGCAUUUGCUUGUGCAGCCUCGGAGCAUGCACCACAAACGCCUCGUGAUAGCAUUGCUCCUAGGUU